AUGAAGAAGCGGUCAGAGGCGGUGAGGGAGGAUGUGGCAUUUCCAAUUUCGUGUGACGACACGAUUGUGAAAACACUAUUUCCUAUUGUCAAGAUCGAAUGAACGCCACAGAUUUCGAAGCCCUUAAUCAGUGGCCGUCGAAAAUAUGGUGAAAAGGUACCGGAUUACUUCGCCUUGUACUUAAAGGGUACGCCUGAGUAAAAAAAUUCCUUGUCUCUCUCUCGAGUCCCUUCCUCUCCUUCAUUUUCCCUUCCUUCCGCUCACCAUGAAUUCUUUCCUCUUUCUCGACUGCAUUCUUUUCAUUGCAAGCAUCUAUUUCCUUCAACGUAUAAUUUCCAAACGACGCUCCCUACCUCCUGGUCCUCGUGGCCUUCCUUUUAUUGGCAAUGUCUUCGACAUGCCUUCCGACCGCCCUUGGUUGACCUUUGCUAAGUGGGCAGACAUCUGGGGUGAUGUAUGUUCACUUUCAAUGUUCGGCCAAUCCUUCAUCGUCCUUAACUCUCAUCGCGCCGCCUAUGCGCUUCUUGACAAACGAAGUGUCAUCUACUCUGAGCGCCCCAAGAUGGUGAUGGCUGGAGAGCUCAUGGGCUGGAACGACAUAAUCGGCCUGGCUCCUUACGGAGAAACUUUCCGUUCGCACCGCAAACUCCUUCACUCCGUUCUCGGCAGCAAGUCGGCGAUUCGGACUUUCUAUCCCAUGGAGGAGCAAGAGGCCGUGAACCUCAUGAAGCGGCUCCUCGACUCGCCAGAAAAAUUGCAUUCGCACAUCGCACAGGACGUGGCGGCUCUGGUGCUUCGUAUCACCUAUGGUUACGAGGUGAAAAGUGAUAACGAUGAAAUGGUGGCGCUUGUAAACUGCGCGAUGGAAGAGUUGUCAGUCGCUUCCACGCCAGGUCAAUUCCUGGUUGACAUUAUUCCUAUGCUGCGCCAUAUUCCUGAGUGGCUACCUGGUGCAGGCUUUCAGUCGAAAGCCAAGCAGUGGGCACAGGAUUUGCGUAACAUGAUCAACGUGCCCUUUGACAUGGUCAAGCGGAACAUCGCCAACGGUGAAGCUCAAGAAUCCUUCGUUUCGAACCUGCUUCUUCAAGACGACACUGAACGUGUGCAGGAGCAUGAUUUGAAGUGGGCAGCUGGAGCAAUCUAUGCAGCGGGCGCCGAUACUACCGUCGCAGUUCUCGACACAUUCUUCCUCCUCAUGAUGCUUUACCCUGAGGUCCAGAAGAAGGCUCAAGCCGAGUUAGACUCCGUACUUGGAGGCGACCGGCUGCCGUCGUUCGACGACCAGGAAGAUCUACCGUAUAUCAACGCUCUCUGCAAAGAGCUUGUACGAUUCCACCCUGUUGCACCCAUAGGUAUUCCUCACGGUACUCUUGAGGACGAUGUUUUCGAGGGCCAUUUCAUCCCAAAAGGAUCCGUCGUGUUUGCUAAUAUAUGGGCAAUGACACACGAUCCAGAAGUGUACAAAGACCCAAUGACCUUCAACCCUGAACGUUUUCUUGGCCCCAACCCCGAGCAAGAUCCCAGAGAAAUUAGUUUCGGAUUUGGUAGACGGAUAUGUCCAGGCAAGCUCAAGCAUACUCCACGAUUAUUUCCAGAUAUUGACAUAUUGCUAUCAGGACGUCUAUUGGCGCAAGCUACUAUGUACAUUGUUUGUUCGAUGGCCCUCGCCUCGUUCGACAUCUCAAAAGUGAAAGGUGACGAACCCGUGUUCAACCCCACGCACGGCAGUGUCAGUCAUCCCGCACCCUUUAAAUGUAACAUCACACCUCGGUCCAUGCGAGCUGUAGAGCUUAUUGCACGGCACGACUUCUAAUCUUCCGUUCUUUCUUCCUCAUUUGUCCUUCAUUCAUUUAAUGACCCGGCUUCUCCGUUGUACAAUACUCAGCUCAAGAGUUGUACUACUAGUAUCAUUUCUCUUGUCAUUCAUCGCAGGGCGCGUGUGUUAUAGCAUCGUGUAUAUUACCAUAGACCACGCAUUUUCAUACAUACAUUAGCCAAUUACUGUACAAGUUUCAAAGGCCGGAAGGCGGCGCAUAGUUACGAGUGUUUUACUCUGUUUAAUAACUAGAAUGAACUUCCAACAUUCCUUCGCCAGUGUGCAUUACCAGAGUCUGGCAGAGAGAUGCGUGUACGUUUUGAAAUUUAGAUAGGGUUACUCUGUUUUGUAUGUAAGGCGUAAUCUGUCGUGGUUUCGGAGGUCGGUGUUUAGUUGAUAUUACACCUCAAUGAGUACACUGCAUA